AUGUGUGGAGGAUUCACCUGUUCGAAGAAUGCAUUGAUCGCAUUAAAUAUUCUCUAUGUGGUGGUGGCUAGCAUUCUGAUAUCAGUGGCGGUGUAUGGGCAGGCGUCGUCACUGGUCACCAACCUGCCAAUAGUUGGUGGUAUCCUGGCAUGUGGGGUGUUUCUCAUUUUGAUAUCUUUGCUGGGGUUGCUUGGAGCAGUUAAGCACCAUCAAGUUAUGUUAUUCUUUUACAUGGUGAUUCUGUUCUUGCUGUUUUUAGUUCAAUUCUCAGUGGCAUGUGCCUGCCUGACUGUUAAUUCGGACCAUCAGGAAAUGUUGGCUCGGCAAGGAUGGAACAAGGUGGGUAUGGACGUGAAAGAACAAGUUCAGGAGAGGUUUCAGUGCUGUGGCUUCCAAAACAGAGCACCGGAGAAUGGCACCGCUGAACACCCCUCUUGUGACCUUGUGGAUAAAAUCUGCUGUGCAAAUAUGCUUAAUGCUCCAAAUUGUCAAUGUGACCCAUGUAUGGGGAGAUUGAAGCAGACCAUUGACUAUGCAUUCAAGCUAUGUGGUGGCAUAGGACUAUUUUUCAGUUUCACCGAGCUAUUCGCUGUAUGGCUCGCCCGACGAUACCGCAACCAGCCUGACCCUAAUUAUAAGGAACCUCACGCUAUUUUCCCUAGAAAGAAUUAUUUGUAUUGA